ACAUCAACUCCGUCACCGGAAUUGCAAGUUGCUAGUACCUCCUCACGCUACGGCGCAAAGACAUGGACGACGGCACGAGAGGUGGCUGUACAGGUGUCUCGGCAGAGGACCUCGUGACGAGAGACCGAAGCUCAUACGACGCGUCGGAUGUUGUUGAGGAGCUAUGGACAUGCCUUGCUCUGCCAUCAGAGGCGUUGUCGCGUGUCCAGCUUGAUGCCGACAACGCACCCGCCUUGCCCUCAUCUUUCAAGAUCGGAGUUCUCGCUCAAAGCUCAAUCGCCUUGGCUGCUCUUGCCGCCGCUCAACUUCAUGCAUUGCGUAAUGGCGGUGAAGUGCCGCGAGUGGGUGUCCCUCUCCAACACGCUGUCAUCGAGUUCAAGUCCGAAAGAUUCUAUACCAUCGAUGGAGAAUCGCCGUCCUCGCCGCUCAAUGCUAUAGGAGGCUUGCACAAGACAGCCGAUGGAUAUAUCAGGGUCCACGAUUCCUUUCCUAACCAUGUCAAUGGCAUGCUGGAACUGAUGGGACUCCCCAAGGGUUCAACUAGGGAACAGCUUGCGGACAAGAUCGCAGCCUGGGAAAGCAUUGAGCUUGAGAAUGUCUCAACCGUUAGAGGUGAUCUCGCAGCUUAUGCCCUCAGGUCAUAUGAUGAAUGGGACGCCUUGCCGCAGUCCACGGCCGUCGCCAAUAUUCCGAUUCUGGUCCAAUCAAUAUCCUCAAAUCAUCAUGGAAUACACCGGAGCAAACUACCUCGAAGUACAAACAGAUGCCUUGAGGGUAUACGCGUAUUAGAGAUGAGUCGUGUGAUUGCAGCUCCCUUGUGUGGCAAGACUCUGGCAGCCUAUGGCGCUGAUAUGAUCUGGGUGACUUCCCCAACCCUGCUGGAUCUACCUAGCAUCGAUCGCGAUUUUGCACGUGGUAAAAGAACUGUUCAGCUCGACAUCAAGGACGAAGUUGGCAAAGCAAAACUCUUGGAACUUGUCAAAGAUUGUGACGUUUUCAUUCAAGGCUAUCGACCGGGAAGCCUUGCAAACUACGAAUUAUCAUCAGAAGAUCUGGUCAAAAUCAAUCCAGAUAUCAUCGUGGCCAACAUGUCAGCUUUCGGUCCCAAUGGGCCUUGGUCUGGUCAACGUGGUUUUGACUCUCUGGUUCAGACGUGCUCAGGAAUGAAUGUGUCCGAAGCUCAACAUGCAGAUCAAGGAGAAACGGCUCGUCCAUUGCCAUGUCAGGCUCUUGAUCAUGGAAGUGGCUAUCUGCUUGCAACCGGAAUUAUGGCAGCAUUGUUCCGACGUGAAUUCGAAGGUGGUGCAUGGCAAGUGGAUGUAUCUCUGGCUGGCACCAUGAAGUAUCUUCGCAGUCUUGGACAAUAUCCCGGAUCGAGCGGCUUUCAAUGCGAAGACUACAAGCAGCAAGCAGAUAUACCGCCUGAAUAUCUCGAGGCAAGAGCCACCGGCUUUGGUCAUAUGAUGGCAGUCAAGCAUUGCGCCAAGAUCGAUGGGUGUGAGGUCGGAUGGAGAAACAUGCCAAAGCCUCUAGGCUCAGACUCGGCAGAGUGGCUAUAAAGAAAUCCAUCUUCCAUCAAGAAACUCUUACUAGUCUCAGUCUCCAGCAAGAUGGCUUGAGUCAAUUGUGACCCUUUCGAAAACACAUGGGUGAUCGUCAAUGAAACUCAUUAUGAGAACCUAUUUCGACUACCAGAU